UACGAUAGGAGUUGUGUUAAAAAUAACACCAUCUUCAUAAUGCUGCAAAAAGUAUCAUUGCCUAUGUAUAAAUUUGCAAAAUCUUUAUGUGUGCUAAAUAAAGCACAUCAUGUUAGAUUAUUGAGUUCUGCUGUGAAUCAGGAACACAAUUUCUUCUUUAGACAGUUAUUCGACACAGUGAGUAGUACAUACACAUAUCUGUUGGCAGACAAACGGACAAAAGAAGCAGUGUUAAUUGAUCCAGUUUUAGAACAUGCAGAGAGAGAUGCUACAUUAAUUAACGAAUUGGGAUUUAAAUUGAUUUAUGCAAUGAACACACAUAUGCAUGCUGACCAUGUAACUGGUACCGGCAAGUUAAAAUCCCUCCUGCCUGGUACAAGGAGUAUCAUUGGCAAGGCAUCUGGUGCUCAAGCAGACAUCCAUCUAGUAGACGGAGACCUUGUGACAUUUGGUGAAUAUCAGCUACAAGCAGCAGCUACACCAGGACACACUAAUGGUUGCUUGACUUAUAUAUUUAAUCAACAAAGUAUGGCAUUCACUGGAGAUACCCUCCUUAUCCGUGGCUGCGGUCGUACAGACUUCCAGGAAGGUUCAUCGGAGCGUCUCUACCUGUCUGUACACAACAGGAUCUUUACUUUGCCCGACCACUAUACAUUGUACCCGGCACACGACUAUAAAGGUCAAACUGCAACUACUGUAGCCGAAGAAAAGAAAUACAACCCAAGACUUACUAAGACUUUACAGGAAUUUAUACAUAUAAUGGAUAAUUUGAAUUUGCCAUAUCCUAAAAUGAUUG